AUGCCCCGGGGGUUCCUGGUGAAGCGGACGUGCCGAGAGGGCCCUGUUUCUUACAGGAUCAGACCGCCCCGGGACGACACGCUCCCUGCAUCGCUCCCUGGUGGGGCGGCCCUGCCUUCCACCCAGAGAAGACUGGCCAGAGUGGGGGCGCUGCCGGAGCCCUGGGCCCCAGUCCCGGGCCCCCUGCGCCUGGGGAGCACCGUUCCGCUGGCCGGCUGCCUCGAGCGGGGCCUCAACUCGGGCUCCCCGGCCCCCGGCGAAUCCGCCCCCGCCUGCGCCUCACAGGUCCCUGGUUCCAGUUCCGCCUGUAUCGCCACGAAGCCAGCGAACCCCUUGACUAGGAAAGCCAGCUCGGGGGCCCCCAGGGAGGGCGCCCCAGCGGCCAUGGUCCUGUUGGGCGCCUUCGUCUGCCAGCUGUGCCAGGAGUCCUAUCCGGGCCCGCUGGCCCUGGCUCAGCACUGCUGCUCCCGCAUCGCCCGCGUCGAGUACCGCUGCCACGAAUGCAGCAAGGCCUUCAGCUGCCCGGCCAACCUGGCUUCCCACCGCCGCUGGCACAAGCCUCGGGGCGGAGGGCACGUGGGCGGCACCAAGGAGAACGAGAGCCCCGAGCCGGCCAAUGGGCCCAGCGCGCCGCACCCCGGCCCCACGGAGGGCAGCUACUGCUGCUCUCACUGCCCCAAGCGGUUCCGGCGCCGGGCCUAUCUCUGCAAGCACUUGGCCCUCCACUCCGCCACGGGCCCGGUCCUCUCCGAAAGCCAGCGUCUCCAUGGCAACCUCCUCCCACCUUGUGCUUCCUGGCCCAAGAAGCCCUUUUAGAGUCCAGCCGCUUGGACAGGUGGUUUCCAGUCAGUGCCGAGAAGACAACUGCUACUCCCAGCCAGGCUCUUUCCCGAUGCCCCCACUAUGGGGCCAGCCGCAAACCCCCACUGGCCUUCCUCCAUGGCUCAGUAUGCACAACUGAAAAUGACUUCUGUGUGACUCAGAAGCAGGCACAGCUGACCAAAGCAGAGCCCAAGUAGAUCCUCUUUUCC